AUGAACGAUCGAAAAUGCUUUGAGUUACUGGAUAAAGCUCUAAGAGAUAUUACAAACAACCAUAAUAGACCAUUUGGUGGAAAAUCGAUCUUGCUAGGAGGCGAUUUCCGACAAACGCUCCCCAUAAAACCAAAAGCCUCAAAAACCGAAAUUUUAGCCUCAUGCAUUACUAGAUCUUAUUUAUGGCGCUUUUUCAAGACAUUUACGCUCACUCGAAACAUGCGACUCACUGAUUCUGGUCAAGACACAUCAUGGUUUUCUAAAUGGCUGCUUGAUAUCGGUGAUGGAAAAAUCGGACACACUAAAGAACACUGCACUGAUGCAAAAAUAGUUGAAAUUCCUGAUCAACUUCUCAUCCAACCUUCUAAAACUGCACUGUCUGAACUGAUAUCUUUUGUAUACACCAAAGAGAUGCUUCAUUCGCCAACACCUACUGAUAUAGCAACCCGAGCGAUCAUAUGUCCAAGAAAUGACACAGUUGACGAAAUCAACAAGCUGAUAUUGAAUAUGUCUUCCGACACGCUCCAAACAUACUUAAGCACCGACAGUAUGAUUCCACACUCAAAAAAUGGUGGUGUUACAGAUCUUAUGUAUCCUGUAGAUUACCUAAAUUUGCUGAAUUUUCCAGGAAUACCUAACCAUUCUCUCACGUUGAAAAAAAACACCCCUGUGAUGUUAUUGCGUAACAUCGAUCAAAAAAACGGUUUGUGUAAUGGUACUAGAUUGUUGGUCUCACAAUUACUUCCUACUGUAAUAGAAGCUCAUAUUAUCACUGGUACGUCUAUUAACCGUAGAGUAUAUAUACCUAGAAUAACAUUUGUCCAUAACAAUAAAGAAUUGCCUUUCAUCUUUAAGCGACGUCAGUUUCCUUUAAGACCUUGCUAUGCAAUGACCAUUAAUAAAAGUCAGGGUCAAUCAUUGAAUAGAAUAGGCAUUUAUUUACGCCAACCAAUAUUUGGACACGGUCAACUCUAUGUUGCACUCUCUAGAACUACGUCACCCACAGGACUAAAAGUUUUGAUAGAACACGAACAAUAUGAAAAACCAAACACAAUUGUGAACAUAGUAUAUUCUGAUUAUUUGCAUGACAUUCAAAUCGAACAGGUGGUAGGUUUAUUUGUUACUUUAAUAUUCUAA